CUAAUUAACCCAUAAUCCUACUACACUUGAAUCUCCCGCAGAACCCUAGUUAACCCCUCAAUAGGAGCAGGAGUCUGGCUUUCAACCGGGCACACUGAAGUGGAAAUGAAGCUGAGAGUAUAGACCACAGCCGCAAACAGAGUACUUUCGAAUGAAAUGAAAUGAAAGUGAUGAUGAAUUGUAAAUCCGCAGCACUAUGGUCCCGCGUAAUUCUCAACCAACUCCGACUAAUCACUGCAUCAUCGUCAUCAGCUGUGGGAACAUCCAAGCUGCUGCGGCCAUCAUCGAAGUUUCCUGCAGCUCCACGAUUCUUCUCAUCGAGGCAGUCACAGGGAAACUUUGACAGUUUUCUGUUCCAGGAACGUAGGGAUCUGCUCAAGGAGAAGGAGGAGAGGUUAAAGCAGGGAUUGGACACUGCCGAUCUCGAUGCUCGUGCCGCAGAGCUCGACAAGCGCGAGGAGAAUAUCAAGAAAUCUUCCUCUUCCUACGAAGAGCCCACGGACUCAGAUUCGGAUGAUGACGAUGAACAAUGGGGCGCUGAAGCCCUGGAUAGACGAUGGGUUGUAUUUGAGAAGAAGUUCGAGCGCCAUGAACAGCUCCUUAAGAAUUUCACUGAUGCCGAGACUCUCGAUGAAGCACACAAAUGGAUGAGUAGAAUCGAUAAGUUUGAGCAGAAGCAUUUCCCUCUUAAAUCAGAGUACCGCGUGAUUGGUGAGCUUAUGAACCGCUUGAAAGUGGCUGAGGGUAAAGAAAAAUUUUUACUCCAAGUGAAGAUAAACCGGGCACUUAGGAUGGUCAGAUGGAAGGAAGCCUAUGAUCCGAAUGAUCCAGCCAAUUAUGGAGUCAUUCAACGUCAAGUUGUUGGGUCCUCUGUUGAUGCUUCUGAGCGAGUUGAGUUUGAUGAGGAAGAUAAGAAGGCUAAAGGAGCACAACAUGAUAGUGAUGAUGAGUUAGAGUUUGAUGACAUGAAAGAAAGGGAUGAUAUAUUGUUGGAGAAGCUUAAUACUAUUGAUAAGAAGCUUGAAGCAAAGCUGGCAGAACUGGAACACACUUUUGGGAGGAAGGGAAAGCACCUCGAGGAGCAAAUUAGAGAUCUUGCUGAUGAGAGGAACUCUUUGACUGAGAAGAAGAGACAGCCUCUCUACCGGAAAGGAUUUGAUGUGAAACCAAUUUGUGUCAAUAAGACAUACAAGGUUACAAAGGGGGGGAGAAUCAUGAGGUACACUGCUUUGCUAGCCUGUGGGAACUACAAUGGUGUCAUUGGUUUUGCGAAAGCAAAGGGUCCAGCAGCCCCUAUUGCCAUUCAAAAGGCAUAUGAGAAAUGCUUUCAGAAUCUCCAUUAUAUUGAGCGGCAUGAAGAACAUACCAUUGCACAUGCAGUCCAAACAAGUUAUAAAAACACUAAGAUCUAUCUCUGGCCUGCACCCACUCAAACAGGAAUGAAAGCAGGCAGAACUGUUCAAACAAUUCUAAAUUUGGCUGGUUUCAAGAAUGUGAAAUCAAAGGUUGUUGGAUCAAGGAAUCCUCAUAAUACAGUUAAGGCCAUAUUUAAAGCUCUAAAUGCAAUUGAGACACCAAAAGACGUCCAAGAGAAGUUCGGUCGUACUGUUGUUGAGUCAUACCUGCUACAAUAGGCAUUGCAGAAAAACUGAUACUUGCAUGCUCCAAAGGUGAUGCAUGCAGAACUACUGCAUUCUUCAUGAAUCACGAGCAUACAUGUCCUCCAUCUAAUUUAUACGUAGUAUUUUCUUUUGCUUUUUGGAGUUGUAAUUUCUUAAAAUGGGGGUUGUAGCAUGUAGGUUACUUCAAUUGACUAUUUGAGAAUUGAGAAUUUGUGGAAAUGUAUUUAUUUUUUCCCAAAUCCUAUAUUUAAUUGGUAGUAAACAUUAUGGCACAUUGACACAUGUUUAUUUGUAAUUCAUUGUUGGCGAUCUAGAGAAAGUAAAACAUGUAGUGCUAAUAAUCUGAAGAUGUUACUACAAUCUAAACUCUAAAGAUG